GGAAUUACCAGACGUAUUAUACAGUUAUCGCACAAGUCAGAAACGGCUACUUUAUCUCCCCAAAGCCGACGGAGAAGCAGAGGCCCGUAAGGUUCAAACGAGCGCAAAACAGCCGGAACUAAAGCGUGGAGAUGGCUGAAAACUCCCUACCGCUGCAGCAAGCGGCUGUGCAUCCGGCGGUCCAGCCGCUGUCGUACUUGCUGGGCACGUGGAGGGGACAAGGGGAAGGCAGUUUCCCGACCAUCUCCCCUUUCAAGUACUCCGAGGAGCUUCAAUUCUCUCACGUUCCCAACAAGCCCGUGAUAGCUUAUUCUUCCAAGACGUGGAAAUUGAGCAGCGGAGAGCCAAUGCAUUCCGAGAGUGGUUUCUGGCGGCCUAAACUCGAUGGUACAAUUGAAGUUGUUAUUGCUCAGAGCACUGCUCUCGUUGAGGUUCAGAAAGGAACAUAUGAUGCAGAACAGAGAAGAGUGAAGCUAAAGAGUGCCCUUGUUGGGAAUGCUACCAAGGUGAAAGAGAUGAGUCGAAUCUAUGAAGUGAUUAGUGGAGAAUUAUCAUACGUGGUUGAGAUGGCCACCAACCUCACAAGCCUGCAGCCGCAUUUGAAGGCCGUCCUUAAAAAGCUAUGACGACAACCCUUUUCCCAGGUUGUGAUGAAUAAAUCAGCGGUUGUACCACCCAUCGCUAUUGCAGUUACUCUCCUACAUCUUUAGACAUCCUUGAAGUUGAGGGCUUGAAAUUUGAUGUGACAAUUGUUGACAAGAUAUUCAACUAAAAGAUUAUCAAUAAA